CAGAAAAACCUGGUGAUUUAGGGUUCCAGGGAAGUCAGGGCUUAGCCGUUGAUCACCUUUAUCCUCCGCGCGAUCUCGUCGUUCCGCCGUUCGAUUCUGCCGUUGUUGCGACGACUUAGCUCGAACACUCGUACACUAUGGCGCCCCGAUUAGAGGGCGCCACGUCAUCUCACCACUCCGCGCCGCAAUCCGCCUCUGGCCAAUCUCAGAAGCAUCAGCAGCUGACGCGCCUCGUUCCUAAAAAAACCUACAAGCCCCUGUUAAGCCUCGAGGUGUUCUACACCGGCGGCCACGUGGCAGUGUUUCCGGAUGGGCGCCACGUGGCAUGCCCAUGCGCUGACACGGUAAAGAUUGUGGAUCUUACAACGGGCAAGGUCGUGCAGACGCUGGAGGGAGACGGGGAGCCAAUCACAGCCGUCGCCGCGAGUCCAGAUGGCGUGUCCGUAUUGGCCAGCUCGCGCAGCCUGCAGACGCGCUGGUGGAACUGGCGCACGGGGGAGUGCAAGCGGUCGUGGAAGGCGCAUCCUGCGCCCGUGUCAUGCCUAGCAGUGGACGCCAGUGGCGGGCUGCUGGCGACAGGAGGGGCGGACAGGGGCGUGCGGGUGUGGGACCUGGAGGCGAACGCGUGCACGCACUCGUUCACUGGCAUGGGCGGGGUGCUGUCGUGCGUGCAGUUUCAUCCUGACCCCAACCACUUACUGCUGGUGGGGGCGUCUGAGAGCGGCAUGGUACGAGUAUGGGACCUGGUCACCAAGCGCCCAGCAGCGUCGUUGGACAAGCACUUCUCCACAGUCACGUCCAUCGCCUUCUCUCCCUCGGGCUGGCUGCUGCUCACUGCGUCUCGUGACAAGGUGGUCAACAUCUGGGAUAUUCGCACCUACGCCCACGUCACCACCAUCCCCGUUUUUGAGUCUCUCGAGGGCCUCGCUAUAGUCACACCGCCCAUGGCACCAUCCUUUCCCGCCAUCUCCGCUACUGCCACUUCCGCUACUGUAGCAGGGGAAGCAUCAGAAGGGGGGGAAGGGGAGAAGGGGAAGCGGAAGUGGGAGGGGAUGGGGGCGGGGGCGGGGGCAGGGGAAGUGGUGUGGUUUGUGAGUGUGGGCGAGAGGGGGGUGCUACGGCUGUGGCGGUCAGACAAGGCAACGGCGGUUCUGGAGCAAAGGGCAGUCGAGGUUACAGGGGGGGUGCAGAAUGUAGGAGCAGCGGCCAAUGAGGAGGCGCCAGCUGGCGGCGGGUUCUUGUCUGCGCAGUUUUUGGGCGGGGCAGGGAGUGAGGGAGGAGUGGGAGUGGGAGGAGGAGGGAAGGGUAGUUGCAGGCUGCUAUGCACGACGGCGGAUCAACGGCUGCUGGUGUACGAACCUGUCGAUGCGACUUUAACGAAGCAGCAGCAGCAGCAGCAGAUGUUCCUUGCCAUGUGUCAGCAGCUGAUUGGCCAGAACGACGAGAUUGUCGACAUCCGAUUUGUCAUUGGGCCGUCUCUUUCUCGUGACCCGCAGGGAGAGGAGGAAGAGGGGGGAGAGCAGGGAGAGGAGGGGGAGGAGGGAGGUAAGAAGGUGUUGAGAGGGGUAGAUAAGAAUCUGCAGCUGGCAGUGGCGACCAAUAGCGAGCAGGUGCGCGUGUACGACGUGGCGACCGCCAGCUGUCGCCGGUCCCUGAUUGGCCACUCGGACAUCGUGCUCUGCAUCGACGCGUACCAGCACGCCUGCUCCGUGCCCCGCGCUCUCCUUGCACCUCCCUCUACCGCUGCUGCGGCUGCUGCUGCUGCUGCUGGUGUUGGUGAUGCUGGUGGUGGUGUUGGUGAUGCUGGUGGUGGUGUUGGUGAUGCUGGUGGUGGUACAACUGCAUGUGCUGCUGCUGGUGGCAGUGCUGCUGCUGGCAGCGUUGGUUCGUCUGACGUUGUUGUUCCGGUGUCGCUGCUCGCUUCGUCAGCCAAGGACCACUCUGUGCGCGUGUGGGACGUCACCACCGGCACCUGCCUAGCAAUGGGAUCAGGCCACGUGGCAGCUGUUGCUGCUGUGGCGUUCUCGCAGAGGCCGCCGCCGGAUCAGCCAAUAGGGGGAGGAGGGAAAGGGGGAGGAGUGGGGCCGUUCUUGGUAUCUGGGUCCAGUGACCGCACUCUCAAGGUCUGGCCGCUCGCUCUCCUCCUCUCCUCGUCAGCACCAGCUCUGCCGCGCGGGAGGGACGGCGUGCUUCGUCUCAAGUCAGGUGCCACAGUGGCGGCGCACGAUAAGGACAUCAAUGCUGUGGCUGUCGCGCCCAACGAUGCUCUCGUUUGCUCCGGCUCCCAGGACCGCACAGCCAAGGUGUGGCGCCUGCCUGACCUUUCGCUCUCGUUAACCCUAAGAGGCCACAAGCGCGGCGUGUGGUCCGUGGCCUUCUCGCCCGUGGAUCGCUGCGUGCUGACGUCAUCGGGCGACGCCACGUGUCGCAUCUGGGCGCUGGCAGACGGCAGCUGCCUGCGCACGCUGCAGGGGCACGAGGCGAGCGUGCUGAAAGCAAUAUUCGUUACUAGGGGAACACAGGUGGUGUCAACAGGCGCGGAUGGGCUGCUGAAGCUGUGGAGUGUGAAGAGCGGCGAAUGCGUGAACACGUUUGACGAGCACGAGGACAAGAUUUGGGCGCUGGCAGUGAGCCCAGGCACGGAGAUGCUGGCGACAGGUGGCAGUGACUCAUUGGUGCACGUGUGGCAGGACUGCACGGAGGAGGAGCAGCAGGAGGCUGCUCUGGAGCAGGUCAAAACAGUGCAGCAGGAGCAGGCGAUGAGGAACGCGGCUGUAGCAAAUGACUACAUCACGGCGCUACAGCUGGCGCUACAGCUGAAACGGCCGGCCACCAUGGCAGCUCUUCUCAGUGACAUGAUGAAGAAGGAAGGUGCAGAAGCCCGGAUAGGCGGGGCAGUGGCGGGGCUGGAGCCAUCGCAGGUGCGGCAGCUGCUGCUGUAUGUGCGCGAGUGGAACACCAACGCCAAGCUCUGCUUGUCGGCUCAGCGACUACUAUCAGCCGUGCUCAAGCACCACCCACCAGCAGUGCUGAUGGAGAUCCCAGGAAUCGGGGAGAUCCUGGACGGGCUACAGCCAUACACGCAGCGCCACCUGGCACGUCUAGAGCGCGUGCUGCGGAGCUCCUACCUGGUGGACUACACACUCGCCGCCCUCACCAUGCUACAGCCGACUGCUGACCUGGCGUUACAUGCUGACGUGGCGCUACAGCAGCCGGUUGAUGCAGCUGCGCUGAAGGUUCUCGGAUCAGGCAGCAAAGCUGUCCUGGCGCUACAGGACAAAGCUGCCGCCCAGGAGAGGCCUUCUGCCUUGGAAGUGCUGAAGGAGAAAGCGAGGAGGGAGAGUGAGAGGAGGGGAGGUGGGGCAAAGGGGGAAGGUGAGAGGGAUGGAGGAGGAGAAGAGGGGGAGGGAGAAGGGAGUGAGAAGGGAGGAGGUGAUUAUAGUGAGGUGGAUGCUGCAAUGAAGAUGUGGAGAUACCUGGAUAGUAAGAGGGAGGGGGGGUUGAUGGGAAAGGUGGGAGAGGGAGAUGGGGAGGAGGGAGAGGAGGAAAGGGAGGAAGGAGAGGAAGGGGAGGAAUGUGAGGAUGGUGAGGAAGAGGAGGAUAGUGAAGAGAGAGAGGUGGGAGAAGAGGAAGAGGAUGAGAAGGAGGAGGAUGAGGAAGAGGAUGUGGAGGAUUCUGAAGGGGAGGAUAUGGAAGCAGGGGAGGAGGAAAUAGAAGGGGGCGAGGAGGAGGAAGAUGGGGAAGAGGAAGAAGAGGAGGAAGAGGAGGAAGAGGAAGAGCCAGAGGAGGAGGAAGGCAUGGAAUUGUCGGAGGAAGAGCAAGGGAAGCACAGCGUGCAGAGAACGGUCCAGAGGCGGGUUCAGCAAGGAAGGAGUGGGGCUCCAAAGGCAGCGAGGGUACCGGAACAGGCUGCCAAGAGCAAGCAACAGACAGCCCAUGCUGUCCCCAGCAAGAAGCAGAGGAUGAGAUAGGCCGCCGCCAGCAACAAAACAGCCCAUGCCCACCUGUUUGGAUCGUGCUGCUGUUCCGCUUUGCCCCAGUUUUGCUCCUAUCAAGAACGUAUCGCGCAGCACGGACAUUUUUGGGACAGCCGUGCGGCGCAGUCAGCAGCGCCUGGCAUGUGAUACUCUAGCACCGAUGAUGGCUUUGCUGAUUUUUGUGCCGGUACCGGUAUGGUAAUCUCCUCUCUGUUUGUCUGAAUGCAGAUUGUCUUCCAGUGUUGCAUCAGUGUGCUCCCAACCAUUUUG